ACAGAAAAAAAUGCAAAUAGAAAAAUGAAAAAGAAAACAAAUGGGUCAUUUUCCAAGCUUUCUUUUCAUUACUUCGUUUGCUUAUUGACUCUAUCAAAUCCUUAAAAUCUAACACCACCCGAUUCCCUUUCAUAUUCAUUUAUAUUUGAUAAUUUAUAAUAAAUGGAUACACUAUUUGUUUUUCAAUUAUUUUGCCACUAUGUCUCUUCUUUGAUCUUUCUCUUUCUUAAGAGUUUGGGUUUUUGCAUUUGCACCCGCGGACCUAUUACAGCCUAACAGCCUUAUAGCUUCCACCUGUUUGAAAAAAUAACAACUAAAAGUUCAGUCAGGCUUUCAUAUAUAUAUAUAUAUAUAUAUUGCUUUCCUUUUCGAAAAUCAGUUUGUGGGUUCUGGAUUCUUGUUGUUGUUGUUGUUGUUGUUGUUUUGCGGUUUUAUUUCCUGUGCUUUUAACUGGUUUGGAUUUUAUUUGGAUGGUUUAGAUUGAAGAAGAGAUGCGGUUAAGAAUUUGGCCGUGAAAGGAAAACCAAAUUGUGCUGAGCAAUGGGUUGUAGUUGCUUUGGUGCACUGAAUUGGUGUAAAGGAAAGAAUGGCUCCGGCGAGCCAGAGACACCAGGGAUUAUCACCAGCAAUCUAAGGAUGCUUUCUUAUAAUUCAUUGAGAUCAGCAACGGGGAACUUCCAUCCAUCAAGCAGAAUUGGUGGUGGAGGUUAUGGAGUUGUCCAUAGGGGAGUUCUAAGAGAUGGUACACAAGUUGCCAUAAAAUCUCUUUCCGUAGAAUCUAAACAAGGAACGAAUGAAUUUUUGACAGAGAUUAGCAUGAUAUCGACUAUACGACAUCCAAACCUUGUUGAGCUCCUUGGUUGUUGUGUUGAGGGCAAUCAUCGAAUAUUGGUUUAUGAGUAUAUGGAGAACAACAGUCUUGCAAGUUGUUUGCUUGGUUUAAAAAGAAAACAUGCUGCUCUGGAUUGGCCGAGAAGAUCUUUGAUUUGCCGGGGAACUGCUUCUGGUCUUGCAUUUCUUCAUGAGGAAGCUGAACCAAAUGUUGUCCACAGAGAUAUCAAGGCUAGCAAUAUACUUCUUGAUGGAAAUUUUCACCCUAAAAUUGGAGAUUUUGGACUGGCAAAACUUUUUCCCGACAAUGUCACUCAUGUUAGUACUCGAGUGGCAGGAACUGUGGGAUACCUGGCCCCAGAAUAUGCACUUUUAGGACAGCUUACUAAGAAAGCAGAUGUGUACAGUUUUGGGGUGCUGAUGCUUGAAAUCAUUAGUGGCAGAAGUAGUAGCAAGGCUGCUUUUGGAGAGGAACUAUUGGUUCUGGUGGAAUGGACAUGGAAAUUAAGAGAAGAAGGAAGGCUUCUGGAGAUUGUUGAUCCAGAAUUGACGGAAUAUCCCGAGUCUGAGGUGACACGCUUUAUUAAAGUUGCAUUGUUUUGUACACAAGCAGCGGCACGCCAAAGACCCAACAUGAGGCAAGUAGAGCAGAUGCUUUCAAAAGAGGUCCACCUAAAUGAAAGCUUACUUACAGAGCCUGGAGUGUAUAGAGGACAUCUGUCUCGACAAUCAGGAGGCGGUGCAAGUUCUUCAGGAACAUCAUCUUCACAGGCAGACAAACGUAAGCAAAAAGGAAAUCCUUUUAUAACUUCAACACAAUCGGAUGUAGCUCACUCUGUAACACAAAUGUUUCCUAGGUGACUGCUAAUGCCCAUUUUUUCAUUUUUGAUCUCUUUAUUUUUCUUUUCUAACACGUUUGAUUGUGUUAAGAGGGGUUUACAAGGGAGUGAUAUAGUUGUGAUAAAUAUGGCUGCCACAUGUAUUUGCUGUCGUUUUUUCAUUUACCAUUUGGAAAGUUGAAAAAAAUGGUAUAUCAAGUUGAACAGAUUUCUUGUUUUA